AGAAUCAAAUUCCUGUUGGUAGACACGAAGUGCAAACCCACAGAGUUGGGUUUUGCAUUGGCCUACAACUUUCUCAAGUGCAGGAAGCCUUCCGCCUUUCUACAGUGUGUGUGCAUCCUUGUGCUUUUGUUUGACAUGAAGUGAAGCACAGAGAGAGGAAAAAUUUUUACUUGAAAACUUUCACAAAACUGGUUUUCCUUCAACACCUGGUCAAACCUUAACAAUGAAGACCAUCGUUUUGUUUGGGUGUGUGCUGGGUGUACUCUGUGCUGAGGGCAAGGUAUUCCGCACUAAACUGGGUCACAGUGUCACAAUGGAGUGUGGGGUCAAUGCUUUCUCUAGUAGCUUGAAAUGGGAGCGUGAAGGAACACUUGUGCAAAGUAUUCUGCAGAGGUUUGGUAUGCCUGUCAAAGGAUCUGGGUCAACUGAUGUUGCUAAAAGGUCAAAACUGAAGCAGAACACCAAUCUGGAGAUCAACCCAGUGAAGCCAGAGGAUGCUGGACCGUUCACAUGCACAGCUGAUAAGACUCCACAUGAGCACAGACUCGUUGUGGUUUCAGUGUCCCCCUGGCCCUCUGCUGAUCUCCUUCUGGGCAGCUCAACUCAGCUCCACUGUCAGGUUUAUGGUCUGACCUCAGGCUCAGUGCAGUGGAAGAGGCCAAAUGGACGUCAAGAACAAUCACAGACAGUGAAGCUGGCGCCUGUGAGCAGAGCAGAUGAAGGGACGUGGGAGUGCAUUUACGCCAUCGAUGGAGAGCCUCAGACUGAAUCCCUGGUUGUCAGAGUCACAGAGCCCACUCCUUCAACAACCACCCUACUCCACCCGAAAAUCCCCAAAGGUGACAUCAACACAACCUGCCCCACCUGCGGUCACCGUACACCCAAUUCUACAAAGCCAUGGCUGGACCUCCAGUGGUGGGUGUGGGUUGCAGUGGGAGUGGGCGGCCUGGUUGUGAUUCUCCUAAUAAUCUCAAUCAUAGUCAUGUACAAGAGGAUCAAGAGAAGAAAGAAAAGGCUCUUGCAGAUGAAGAACGCCAACCAAAUGAAACCAAAGCAGUACUGCCAGUGUCGGCAUCAGCGUCCAACAGCUGCAGCAAAAACGCAGCAAGGACGCCGGAGAGAGAAGCCGUCAGCCCUCCCUCUGCAACCCCUGCUAACACAGUGACAUAAAAGACAGAUCGAAGGAAGGGGAGAUAGAGCCAAAGAAGGAGAGAAACAAUGAUCGAGCUGAAGAGACAAAUAGAUAGAGAUAAAGAGAAAGAGAGAGAACAAGGACCUGGUGUAAAUAUGGCGUGAAUGUAAAUGGGCUUUUCAACGCUCUUGAUGAAAAUAAAAAUCAAAUGUAAUGAUGUGCGCACUUUGAGCUUUGUCACCCAAAUAACUGAAGUGAAGUGAAUGCAAAUGGCCUACACUGUAAAAAAAAAAAAAAAAAAAAAAAAA